AGUUAACAUUGACCGUCGUGGCGGCAACUUUUAGCAUUAUGACGUGACCUCCACCUGAAAGCAAUCAACAGUAGCAGAGCUACCUGGAGCUGUGAAUCUGCUGAACGUCUUCGGCUGCUGUGCAGUGGUCACUUUAUUUGCUCGUGAAACUCUCAUUCAGAGGCACAUUUCUCUAAUUACAGACAAGGUUCCAGACCAGACCAGUGGUGAUGACCAUAAAGCAUGAGUGUGUGUGGUGAGGGUUGCGGUCCUUCCCCCCCUCCUGCUGAGGAAGAGGAGCGUCGUUGCGAUGAAGAGAAGGCGGCGCGUGAGGAGGAGGAGCUGAGUGAUGAAGACGAAGAGCCCAUCUCAGCUCUGGCUCCAGAGACGGGGCUUUCACAAGAAGAUCCCGCCCACUCCCUGGCCAGCCCAGUUUUCCAGUUGCUCGAUGAGCUCCUCUCUACUGGCAAGAUCAGUGGAGUGCGUGUCGCAAAACUAAAGGCCAGUUUUAGUCUCCUGCAGGACACACUGAAGAGCUCGCAGGAUGCAGAGCUGAACCUGGUGCAGGAGUGUAAGCGUGUCCGAGGAGAGCUGCAUGUCCAGCGUGCCGAUCUGGACAAAGCCGAGGAGUUUCCAGAAGGUUCCGACAGCGAGACCAAACGCCUACGACAGCAGCUGCUGAAGAUCCACAAUGACCUGAAGAAGUCGGAGGAACACCACCAACACACCAUCUACCAGAUAGAGUGUCUUAAGGAGGAGAAGACACAGCUAGAAAAAGAGUAUGAGACUCAGCCCAAAGCUGUCGAGCUGGAGAAGCACACUAAGUCUCUAAGGGAGAGCUGUGAGGAGCUGCGUAAGGAGAUCUCACAGCGCCGCCUAGAGGUGCGGAGUCUAGCGGAGGAUGUAGACGCGCACAGGAAACUACUGCUCAAGGAGCAACGCGAGCUCAGGGACAAAAAGGACAUCAUUGAGAUACACGAGGCGGAAUUGGCUCAGCUACUGUCAGUGCCUGGCCAACUGGGGAAGGAGAUUGAGAGGAUCAGCCGCAAGAAGGCCGAGGUGCAGAAGAAGCAGGUGUGUGUGGAGGAGGAGCUGUGUGAGCUGUCUGAGGAGCAGCGUGGCGUGCAGGAGCGGAGUGUGUGUGUGGAGGAGGUGCGGAGGGAGGUGUUGCGGGAGGUGGAGGGGAGGCGCGCUCACCUGGAUGCAGCCGAAAGGGAGCAGGCGCUACUCCUCAAGGAGCACAACAUCAACAAGGAGAAGGAGGUCAUGCUGCUGGGACACAGAGGCGUGCUGGAUGUGAACCUGAGCCAGGUGUUGUGUGAGCAGAAGCGUGUGCAUGAGGCAGUGGUGCGGGGCGUGCGGGAGAGAGACCGACACCUGCGCAGCCUCAAGAGGAGCGAACUGCAGCUACGCCUCGCACAGGACGCACUCACACACACACACGCACUGCACCUAAAGACCAAGACUGAGAGGGAUAAUCUCCCUGAGGGUGAUGGGGCGGUGCAGAGGAGAAAAGAACUGCAGAAGGAAGUGGACAAACUCAAACGCAGCCUUCUGCACCAGCAGUCUGUAGUGGGCGUAGAGACACAGCUGGUUGAGCAGGCGUUGGCUCAGGAACAGGAGCUGGUCAGGGAGACGCAUCGUCAGAGGGAGGAGCUUAGACACCUGGCCUGCCUCGCCCAGAUCAAAGGAGAUGAGAGAGACCAGAAGAGCAGAGAGCUGCUCAGAGCCCAGCAACGCUACAACCGUAUCAAAGAGGAUCUUCGGGGGAAAGACCUGGUUAUCCAAGAGCACAAGAAACAGAGCAUCGAGAUCCAGUCCAGGCUGGGAGUGUUUGCUAAGAUGUAUGACAUCAUCAAGGGCGAGCGGAACAAGUGUGUAACGCUGAUCCAGAUGGCGUCUCAGCGCUCGGCGGAGAUAAGGGAGAACCUCAAGAUCCUGGAGAACGAGCUGGACAUCUUACACACCACCGCCAUCAACAAAGACAAGUUGCUGCAGAAGUCAGGUCUGCGUGGUGUGCACAGCCACACGGUGCGUGCCGCGCUGCACAAGGACAUCAGCAGGGUGGUGUGUGUGCUGCAGGACAUGCGGUCACUACGGGACGAGCAGAAGCUCCGCAUCGCACGCCUCACACACCUCAUCAACGCACACGAGCAGCAGCUACUGCACAUGCGCAAGGCCUACGACAGCGCUGUACAGGCACGCAACGAGAGAGGCGUGCAGCUGCUGGAGCGGGAGGAGGAGAUGUGUAUCUUCUAUGAGAAGGUGAACGUGCAGGAGGGGGUACUGCGAGAGGGGAACGUGGAACUGCAGGUUCUAGAGGAGGAGAUCCACUCCUGCCAGAUGACCAUUAAGGAAGAGAACCGACUCAUCGGCCUCGCACGGAACCUGCUGCCCUGCAAGAAGGACCUGGCGGAGGAGAGCACCAUGCUGCAGAUACAGCUGUCGGAGAGUAAGGACCGUCUGUUGGCUCUAGAGCGCGCCCUAGAGGACCCCAAGCACCCGAGCCGCGUCCGAGAGCUGCAUGGAACUGACCCCUCUCCCCUGGAACUCAUGAACAAGAUCCAGGAGAUGGAGCUGCGUCUGGCGGAACAAGAGGAGCAGCUGCUAGAGAAGGAGCUGGUGUACGACCAGGUGGGACGACUCUGCCAGAGGAUCAGAGACAAGGCCGAUAGCGGCACACAGGACACGCUGCAACUUGCCAAGAAGAUGCGUUCCCUGCAGGGUCGUAUUAAGGAGUCGACUCAGAGUCUAAUGGCGCUGGUGGCAGAGCUGUCUAUGCGUCAGGCGAGCACUAUGACCCUGCAGCAGCAGCUGAGAGAGCGGGAGCAAGAAGUGGAGAUGUGCCAGCGGCGCCUGGAGCAAGGCCUCCCCCCCUCCCCCGACACACACACACACUGGCUACACACACUCCGGGACCAGCGCCGCCGAGAGAGGGAGCAGAGGGAUAGAGCACAGCUGGAGGAAGAGGAGGAAAGGAGCCUGCUUCCUAGCGGCGUGUACACGACGGCGGAGUCUCGUCCCAACGCCUACAUCCCCCCCGGAGACAGCAUGCCCCUCCCCAAACCCUACGGCGCUCGCGCCCCCUUCAUGCCCACGGAGCCCGGAGCCAACAUGCGCCACAUCCGCAAACCCCAGCCCAAGCCCAUCCAGAUCUAGCACACACACACACACACACACGCACACACACACCCCAGCCCAUCCAGAUCUAGCACACACACACGCACGC